UCACAUCCGGUUUACGUCGACGCCGGAGGCGGAGCGUCACGGAUUGUGUGUGCUGUAGCGGUGCUGCUUUCGUCAGGUGGCGCAGCUUUAACAACAACAAAAAAAACGUGAAGAAGUGAUUUAAGUUGUGUAAAUGCGACCCAAGCAAAGCCUGGCCCCGCGCUGGCUGAGUAAGUCGUAGAGGUUGACGGUGAAGCACGAAGAAGAACAGGGCCGCGUGGUUUCCGCUGUAGCGCGGCGCGCUGAUAAGACAGGCUAGCGGAGCUAACAUUUUGACCUCGCCGUGAGAAUGCCAUGCCCCAAACAGCAGCUGAACAGUGUCAACAGUGGCCAGGAGCACCCGAUGAAGCAGGUUCGGUUUGCGAACAACAGUGACGGCGGCGGCAGUGUGCCUGCGAUUCUGAGCAGCUCGGAACCGAGUGAUGUCCCCACGCCGCCUGUCAGCCAGGACAGCCUGGGACCCCAGCUGAAGCUGCUGCCCCUGAACGACCAGAUCCGCGAGUUACAGACAAUAAUCAGAGACAAAACAACCAGCAGAGGAGAUUUUGUUUUCUGUGCGGACCGACUGAUCCGGCUGGUGGUUGAGGAGGGCCUGAACCAGCUGCCCUUCUCAGAGUGCACCGUCACCACUCCCACAGGGUACAAGUAUGAAGGUGUCAAGUUCGAAAGAGGCAACUGUGGAGUCAGCAUCAUGAGGAGUGGCGAGGCCAUGGAGCAGGGUCUCCGGGACUGCUGCCGCUCUAUCCGGAUCGGAAAGAUCCUCAUCCAGAGCGACGAGGAGACCCAGAAAGCAAAGGUCUACUACGCAAAGUUUCCUCCGGAUGUGUACAGAAGAAAAGUGCUGCUCAUGUACCCCAUCCUCAGUACAGGGAACACGGUGAUCGAGGCGGUGAAGGUGCUGAUAGAACAUGGAGUCCAACCCAAGCAUAUUAUUCUCCUCAGCCUCUUCUCCACGCCUCACGGAGCUAAAUCCAUAAUCCAGGAGUUUCCAGACAUCACGAUCCUGACCACAGAGGUUCACCCGGUGGCUCCGACUCAUUUUGGACAGAGAUACUUUGGCACUGACUAAAAAAAACAAAGACAAAACGAUGAUCAUUAGUAAAGUGCUUUUGGUAUAUUUUCUGCAGAUUUUUUCUGUAUCUCAGUGUCCUUGUCUCAUACAAUGCUAUUUAACAAAAUUGUUAAACUGAAAUUUAACAAUUGAUCCUCUUGUAUCUAUUGCUUAAUUAUUAUAAUUAUUAUUAUUAUUAUUAUUAGCUCACACGGAAGAAAGAAACCCACAACAGUUAAAACAUGGAUUGUUUAAUUUUGCAUGGUGUCAGCUGAUGAUCAAUAAAGAAUUUAUAUUUGUUUACAGACAGAACAAUA